AUGGAAGCAAAGUUGCAGCUCAGAAAGGAUGUGGAAAGAAGUUUAGUGGAUUCAAAGGAGUAUAGGCGUAUCAUCGGGUGUCUUAGGUACUUGAAGCGCAUUCGACCUGAUAUCUCUUAUGCAGUUGGAAUAGUGAGUCAAUACAUGGAGCAGCCUACCACUCUACACCAACAAGUAGUAAAACACAUUCUUCGUUACGUGAAAGUUUAUGGCAUAUACUGCAGCGUCGUGUCAAGGACUUUGGUUGAGAAACUUGUUAAGCGAGGUGCUCGGAUGCGAGCCGAGUCCGGUAACCCUUUAUGUCGACAUCAAGUCUGCAAUAGCAUUAAUGAAGAAUCUGGUGUUUCAUGGACGCAACAAACACAUCGACACUUUGUUCCACUUCAUCUGUGA